CAUGUAACACUCUGCAUAACCUCUUCUUCUGUUUUUCUCAUUGCUGGAGCGUUGCUAAUUGAGGAAGACUUGGUUUUAACAGAUCCUCAACCUAUCUGACAAAAUGGCAGGCGUGAACAAAUGCCUAAAAUAUUCCAUGUUUGUAUUCAACUUUUUGUUUUGGAUAUGUGGCUGUGUUAUUUUGGGUGUCUCCAUAUGGCUUCGUGUCAGUAAAAAUGCUCAAGAAGAGUUCAAUAUACAAGGAAUGAAUUCAGCCAUUGACCUUAUGAUAGCAGUGGGAUCCAUAAUUAUGGUCCUAGGAUUUUUUGGAUGCUGCGGAGCCGUAAGAGAAAGUCGUUGCCUGCUGCUUCUGUUCUUUAUUGGACUAUUUCUGAUCCUGGCACUUCAAAUUACAGCAGGAGUUUUGGGAGUUGUAUAUAAACCCAAGAUUGAAGCAGAAAUUAACAAAACAAUGCAGGGAUACCUACCAUUAAAUAAUCAGCCAGAAAGCUUCAAGGACAAGUUAUACACUAUUCAACAAGAGAAUAAGUGCUGUGGUCUUGUUUACGGUUAUAAAGACUGGCUUAAUUCCAUCCCUCAGUCUUGUUUGUGUACUCAAGCAAAUGAUGUCAACGAAUGCGUUACAGUUUCUGGGAAACUUGUUUACAAACAGUCAUGUUACACUGUGUUUGUUGACUCCUUAAAGAAUAACAUGGGGAUCAUUAUUGGAAUAGCUUUCGGACUGGCAGUGGUGGAGCUUUUUGGCCUUGGUUUCUCAAUGGCUUUGUACUGCCAGAUCGGGAAAAAAUAAGGAGACUCAGUGCUUCACUAAGAAUUUCCACAAUUCUUUAUCUUUUUUUUUUAUAUCAACAGAGUCACAAAAAAGUCAUAUAUGUGUAUGUGUAUAUAUAUAUAUAUAAAUAUAUACUCACCUUUUAAGUUAACAGCUGCUAAAAACACAGUUCUACUCAUUUCGUAAGGAUGUUAGUUCAUAUAAACUUCCUUGGAUGCCAUAUUAUUACAUAUGUAUGUACUAUAUUUGAGAAAAUCAUGUUUACUUUUCUUAUUCUAAUAAAUGUGAUGCUGUGUUGAAGCACAUCAUAAACAAA